AUGGAUAUCGACGACGACACGUACUACUCGGACCCCCCGACCCCACCCCUCCCGUCGUCGCCUCCCCCUCCCGUCACACGCAGCACCAACAACCCGGGCUCCAGCUCUGCCAAUCCUCCCAAGCAGCGGGUCCCUCCCCCGACCACUGACAACUCUGGUCCUCGUCGUCUGCCGACCCCUCCGCACCUCGUCCCGCGCAAGCCCCGCGAGUACGCUAUACCAGGCCGCCGCCUGUCCUUCCGGCACGAACGCACCGCAGCCAACCUGGCCAAUGGCGGCCGGCACGACGCUCGCCCCCGCUCGCCGCUGGGGCACGCGAACGUCGCGGGGCACGAGCACGAACACGAGCACGAGCUCGAGCUCGUGAUGGUGCGAACGCGCGAGAUGACGGUGUCUCGCACCUCGAGCCCUGCGCGGUCGCGUUCUCGCGACAAGACCACCGAACCAGCGUCGCCUUCGCCCAGCGCUCACACCCACUCCCACUCCCGUGCGGACCACUCGCGCUCGCGCUCGCACUCGGCGCCGCCCGCGCCCCACCGUAGCCGCAUGAGGGACGACACGACGCCCCUGUUCCUUGCUUUCCAGGACGAGGACGAUGAUGUCAACAUGGAUGACGAGGAGCACGACCACCACCACCGCCACCACCGCCGCUGCGGCCACGGCCACAGCCGCCACAGUGGCCACAGUCGCCAUGGAAGCGAGCGUGUUCAAGAACAAGAGCAUGGACACCGGUUCCCCCCCGCAGUCGUCCACGAGUCGUCCGACGAGGACAUCAAGCCCGCCCUCUCGCCUGUGCCACUUUCACGCCGCCACGGCCGCGACGACGAUCCAGAGUCGGACAUCGAGUUCCUCGGCUGGGCGUGCGAGGACACGCCGCCGCCGGCGAGCAAGGACAAAGAGGCCACCCAGCUCGCCAAGGACAAGGAUAGAGGCAAGGGCAAGGAAAAAGACAAUGGCCAUGCCCCACGGCCCCAGGCAUCCACCGCCACAGCCACAUCCACAUCCAGCACCACUGCCGCCGCCCCCGAUACCGCGCUCGCGCACCGCGACGGCAACGGGCACGGGCACGAGCACGAGCACGAGUACGAUUCCGACACGUCCCUCCAUUCCGUGGACGCCGCCGAGGCCGCCGCCGCGCACGCCACGGCCGCUGCGCGGCCGCACAAGAAACAGCGGCGGAGCAACGACCGGCUCAAGCCGUGCUCCCAGUGCGGGUGCGACUGCCACGUCCCCGGCGCGCGCGGCCGCGGGUCGGGAAGCAAGACGCUGUCGCCUGCUGUCCGGGCCAACAUUUUGGCGCUCCUCCUGGGCGACACGCGGCCGCCGGACAAGCCGCGAGGCAGCGGCCGCCUGGCGUCGCCCGAGGCGCACAUCCGUACCAUCUCGGGCCUGGGGGGUUGGGAACGCAUCACAAAGCACGUGGGUGCGCGCCCCGAGGACGCCGAGCGCGUGCGCAUGGCUGCCGGGGGUAUGAUGAAGGACCUGCCUGGGUGGAUGAAGCGGGGUUACAUGUGA